AACGGAUCACCUAUCACGGGAAGAGCCGAAGAUGUCGGCUCGGUCAUGUGAUCAGCUGUGGCACUGAUGAUCAGUGUGCCCUGAUGAUCAGUGUAGCCCCAGCAGCACCAUUGUCCAUCAGUGCCUUGUGUCAGUGCUCAUCAGUGCCACAUCAAUGCCAAUUAUCAGUGCCCAUCUGAGCUGCCUUUCAGUGUCACCUAUCAGUGCCAGCAAGUGCCACCUAUCAAUGCCAAUCAGUGCCGCCUAUCAGUGCCAGUCAGCGCCGCCUAUCAGUGCCAGUCAGCGCCGCCUAUCAGUGCCAGUCAGCGCCGCCUAUCAGUGCCAUGUAUCAGUG